AAGAAGCUCCCCUUCCAUUGGCAUUGGCGGUUGCAGUUGCAGGGCAACGAUGGCGGGAGAAGAAGAAGAGAGAGGAAUUCGAGUACGUGGCAUGCAAUUCUCGUACCAAGGAGUAGGACAACAACCACCGCUUUUCCUCGACUUCCACCUUAACGUCUCUCCCGGAUCGCGAUGCCUUCUCGUCGGUGCCAACGGAUCCGGGAAGACGACUUUGCUGAAGAUUCUAGCCGGAAAGCAUAUGGUUGGAGGAAGAGACGUUGUUCGCGUGUUGAACGGUUCCGCUUUUCAUGACACUCAACUCGUUUGUAGUGGAGAUCUCGCUUAUUUGGGCGGAUCCUGGAGUAAAAACGUUGGCUCCGCUGGAGAUAUUCCACUACAAGGAGACUUCUCUGCUGAACAUAUGAUCUUUGGAGUUGAGGGCACUGAUCCUGACAGGAGAGAUAAGUUGAUUGAGCUGCUUGAUAUAGAUCUGCAAUGGCGAAUGCAUAAGGUAUCCGAUGGCCAGCGGCGUCGAGUGCAAAUCUGUCUUGGUCUUCUUCAUCCAUUUAAGGUUCUCUUGCUGGAUGAGGUUACUGUUGACCUGGAUGUUGUUACAAGGGUAGAUUUAUUGGACUUCUUUAGGGAAGAAUGUGAACAGAGAAGCUACAAUUGUAUAUGCAACUCACAUUUUUGAUGGACUAGAGACAUGGGCAACUCAUCUGGCAUAUAUACAAGAUGGUGAACUGAGGAGAGCAGAAAAAUUAUCAGAUGUUAACGAGUUGAAGUCUUCAACUAAUCUGCUGUCCGUUGUUGAAUCCUGGCUCCGUGCUGAAACAAAGCU